GAAGCAGAAGGGAUCAUUAAGAUUAAAGAUUAGAGAAGGGAUUAAAAGGGAUUAAUUGCACGCAAGAGUUCCUUGUUGAAAAGGGUUAAAGCUGAACAAUGAGAUUUUCUCAGUUAGCAGCAGGAAAAGGGCCUGGCGAGUUAUAAAAUUCAUCAAUAAGCAUAGCAGGACAGGAAGGCACGCGAUAUAACGAGGAUUAUAAAGUAACCAGCUAUCGGUGAAGUUGUCCAGUUUAAUCGAAGUUUCUGUUCCUGCCACUGGCAGUGCAGGCGAUGCUUAUGCCAACGCAGCGUGAUAGGGGCGUCGCUGCACCUCGCACUCUGAAAGAAAGUUCAACAGAAGAACUGUCUGUAACGCGAGCUCGUCUGUGGUGCUACUUCGCUGCGGGUGAGAAUAGCGGGUCACGCUCAUUACUGCACCCCUUAAAUCGGACAGAAGGUAUCUCGUUUUCAAAAGCGAGAAGCCACGCUCGGAGUCAACACAAAAUAGUGAAAGAAUGCAAAAGGGAAAUGUCUUUAUCAUCUGAGAUGGAGAAGAAUUCCACCGAAGAUGACUGUGUGGACUCGGGAGCGGAGACGGGGGGGUCUGACUACAGCCCCUUGUCCUCUGGUAGCAGUGAGCGCUCCAUGGGGGUGUUGCAGGACCCCUUCCUGGUCAGCGUCCACAUCAUCACUGACCCGGGUCAGGCCACGCCUCUUCAGCGGGCGGCGGACGCCCUCCUCUCCUGCAUCCACCCGGAGCUGCAGCUCUUUCGCGUGUCAGAGCGGGGCGCUUGGCGACUGCGGCCCAAGCCGCCGCCCCGCGGUCCCCCCUCCAUCCUCCAGAGGGCGCCGCCUGCCCAGCCCGCGCUGGCUGUCAUCCUGUUCCUCCAGGAGGAGUGUGGGGGAGAGGGGCGUAUCCUGCACCUCCACCGUGCCCUCCAGCGCCCGCCGUGGCGCUACCACCACACCAAGCGGGUCAACGGCAGGCUCCUUCCUCCGGCCCCCCACAGCCAGGACUUCUUCACGCUGGCGCCGGGGACGCCGCUCUGGGCUGUGCGCCAGGUGCACUAUGGGAAGAAGAUGGUGCGCUUCACCGUGUACUGCCGGCACCAGAGCUUCGGCGACAUGGUGAGGAUGUACGGCCUGCUGCUGCGCCGGCCGCUGGCCCAGUGCAGGGAGGACCUCUGCCUCUUCGUUGUGUACUCGAACCCGCACACCGAGGUGCAGCUUUCCUUCAAGAGGCUCCCCUGGGGCCAGAGCCCCGUUCCCACCGACUCGGCCAUCAUGGAGCUCCGCGUGCGGGACGUGGGGGGGCUGGUGCCCCUCCUGCCCCACCCCUGCACCCCCAUCAGUGAGGUGCGCUGGCAGACCGAGGACUAUGACGGGAACAAGAUACUGCUGCAGGUUCGAGGCUCCAACCAAUGCAGACGCAGGCAUACCAUUGGCCAGUUCAAUGACCUGCUGGAAAACCCCUCACUUACGCCAUCACCUUUCCCACCAGACCCCGCCACUGCCCCCCCAUAUGGGUGUGACCCCGCCUCCUACCGAAACCGCCGCUGCCACCGGAACCCUUCCCGCACCCGACAGCAGAACCAGGCCCGGGUCUCCCAGCCAGACCUGGCUCUGGCCUUCCAUAAGGACCAGGCCAGCCAGCGCUGCGACCCUGCGGCCUCGCGGUUCUGCUGGUCGGGGGUCCGGAGUCGCUCCCUCUUCUGCCUGCCCACUUUGAGCAGGGCCUGCUCUACCCCCUGCUCUCCCUCCCCUUCCUUCUGCACCGGCCUCUCCCGCCGCUCCUCCCUCCUGGCCCCGCCCUUUCGACUCAACGUGGACACGCUGGUGGGCGCCGUGGAGACAGACGUGGAUACGGGCCUGAAGAUGGACAGCAGGGCGGUGGACCUCUCCGUAGUUUCGGCAUACUCCCGGCCCUUCCCGCCCCCGCCCAGCCCUCACUCCACACCCCCCUGCGAAAACCCUGCUCUGCUGCGGAACAGCCACUCCUCUUCAGCGAAGCCCUCCAUUGAGCACCGGCUGCGGCCCCACAGCACCUGCCUCCUGGGCACUGUGUGGGAUGGGGGGAGUGGCACAUGGGCAGAGGGCAAUGGUACCCAGGACACGCUGGCAGAGGAGGAACAGGAAUUCUACAUAUGAACAGUUUUGAAGUAGUGGUUCAGUUAUAGUUAUUUAGUUAUUUUUAUGCGUAUGCAGGAUUUUCUUGAUGAAGGGGAUUCUUUCACAGAGCUAAAUUGAUGUUCGGGUAGAAAAUGUCAUCAAGGAGAAGUAAAUUCUGCUAAAUAAAUAAUAAUGGCUGUUGUACUAUGUCCACAACUGUCUUUUAAUCACUUAUUGAGUCUUCACUGAAACUGACCAACUAAGUAAGCCCAAAAGCCAUUGCACGGAUGCAUCUGGAUAUCCACCUUUUAUCUGUUAGCUCCCUCUGGUGGCAAUGUCUGAUAAAAGUUUGUUGUCCUUUGAGCCUUUGCUACACCAUCAUCAAAAUAAAUGUCUGUGUUAGAAAUAUUAAAGGGAAUGUAUAAAAACGGAGUAACAGUACACUAACUGACCAUUAUAUUUAGUGUUACAAAUCAUAACUCAGGAGUGACGAAGCAGCUGAUUUAUAAUGGUUACAUAGAUGACAGCACUGUGUAGUCCUCUUUUUGUCACUCACUAAAAUGUUGUUGUAAAAUACUGUCCAUCCCAUAGCUUUUUGUCAGAUUUUUGGCUCUGCCUU